AUGAACACCUCGAGCGUUUACAGCACAUUCGGACGCUUCUUCCCCAACAACUUUUCUCUUUGGGAGCACCUCCAGAAGAACUGGACUACUCGUGAUCUGACGCCCUUCUCCAUUGAUUUUCUGUUUGCGGGUCAUGAACCAGAUACUAUAGUUUUAAUGGUGAUGUAUGUGAUAUCUUUCGUGACCGGACUGGUGGGGAAUAUCAUGGCUCUGUGGGUCCUGACGCGCCGGAGGAAUCGCUUGUCUGGAGCUUCAGCCACCAGGAGACUCCUGGUCAACCUGGCGGUGUGCGACAUGAUGGUGGUGUGCGUCUGCAUGCCAGUAAAUUUAGGACACCAGGUGUAUAACGCCUGGGUGUUCGGAGACUUUCUGUGUCGAGCCGUGCCGUUCGUUCAGGCGGUUUCAGUCUCCGCGAGCGUUCUGAGUCUGGCGGUGAUCAGUUUGAACAGAUACUACAGCGUCCACAGCCCGCUGCACGCCAGGUCUUUCUUCACAGCCAGCAGAAUGAUAUGCAUGAUAGCUGUGGUGUGGGUCGUGUCUUCUGCACUAUGUUUGCCGUUAUUUUUCAUGAACACAACUAAGACGCUUUCCCUUCUGGACGGGCUGCACACAGUGACCGUGUGCGUGGAAAGCUGGUCUAAAGUCAAACUGCGCCAGGGCUACAACUUUUUACUCUUCUGCGCGUUGUAUGGAUUCCCGGUGGUCUUUAACCUAAUCAUUUGUUUCCUGACCGGAUGGAAACUGAGUAGAGGAGGCACAGCAUCAAUAUCAGAUCCCAACCAGCUCGCUCUGACCUCUUCUUCCACAUCACGCCUGAAAACGCGCAAGAGGAUCGCCAAAAUGGUCUUCGCACUCGUGCUGCUCUUUACUUUCUCCUGGCUGCCACUGUACGCCGUGGACAUCUGGAUCGAUUCCAACAUUCCCAGCUCUCCUGAUCGAAACGACGAGCUGAGCAACGUUGAGCAUCAUUGGAUUCUCCAGACCAGACCCUUUGCGCAAUGGCUGGGUCUCACCAACUCAUCACUCAAUCCUCUCUGCUACUGUUUUAUUGGAAACUUGUACAGAUCGGCCAAAAGGUUCAGAGAAAGCUACAGGGAGAAGAUGUCAUCUGUCUUGAGUCUGACCAAUAAAUCUUCAAUUAGGAAUUCGGCGUCUAGUAAAAUCCAGCAGCGCAGCUCUGGCUCAUCCAGGAGAUUUGCUUCGGAAACAAGGAGCUAUAGUGUUUUUAAACUGACCAGAAGUAAAAGCUUGUCUUCGACGACCGUGUGUGAGAGUAUUUGACUUGGGGAGCAUGAGAACGCACAGAGAAGACUUGAAACAAAUGGAAAUGUUAAUAGGGUGAUGCUUUAUAAUAACUUUAAUUGAUAAGUCAUUAUCAAACAUCAUAUGCUGCUUAAUAGAAUAGUAGUUUUAAAAAUAUUUUUUUAAACUUCAUUUGCCUGCUGUAUGAAACAAUGACAUGCGUCUAUUAUGCAUUUAUUUAUUAUUUGCAUUUUUAUAAUUAAAUACAUUUUUCAUUAAAAAAUUGAGCAUAAUUUGAAUGAAAAGAUGAAUAUUUUGUC